GUAAUUUAGCAGCAUGGGCUCGAGAGAAACAUCCGCGAACUAUUCGAGCAGCAGUAGCUAGCUCAGCUCCUUUACAGGCCAAACUUAAUUUUAAGGGCAAAAAUUUCAACCACAUUUUAUUCCACUUUUCAAUAAAGUUUGAAAAGGAGGUUGAAAAAAUUAUUGGAAAAAGAAACUCGAAAUGCGUAACGGUGAUACGAAAAUUGUUCCAAAAGAUGCGUCAAAUGUCAACAACACUUGAAGGCAGACGUGAACUUGUGAAGAUAUUUCGAUUAGAUGAUUCGUUAAUUCGGCCAACAGUAUCUCCGAAUGAUAUUGCUAAUUUCUUUUUUGUAAUCAGUAAUUAUAUCAGUUUUAUCGUAAUGCACAGUGGAAUCAAUGUGAAGAAUCAUCGAGAUUUAUUGACUCUCGAUGUGAUGUGUAACAAAUUGACCCAUUCACCAACACUACAAUCUAUACGGACGCUAAUUGAGAUGGUUAUGACAUCGCAAGGAAAGUCAUCGCAUUCCGGCAUCGAUAUUGGCUACAAUAGUUUUCUUGAUUUCGUACGUGACGAACGUUGGAAUACACAUACCUCACAACCUCGUGCAUGGCUUUAUCAAAAAUGUCACGAAUUUGGCCAUUUUCGAACAAGCGAAGAAAUGAAUGGUUUAUUUGGUGGUACAUUACCUUUAAGUUUCUUCUUGGCUCGUUGUAAUGAUGUUUUCGGUAAUCAAUUUUCUCUCGAAAAUACGGAAAAGAGAAUUGCUGAAACAAAUCAAUAUUUUGGUGGAAAUGAACAUUUUCAGACAACAGAUGUGAUACUAUCCAAUGGAUCCGAUGACCCAUGGACCUUACUUGGCAUAUCCAACAGCACAAACGCUGGUGGUAAUUAUAUCAUCUGCAUUGAAGGAACAAGCCAUGUAGCUGAUUUUUAUCCUCCGAGUAUUUCCGAUUCGGAUUCUUUGAGGAUCGCACAAUAUAGGAUAAUAGAGUUGAUAGAAGAUAUGAUAUUGUAG